UAUCAGUUUCAAGAGUUUGAUGUACUUGAAAUGGCUAGUUCUUCAGGAGAUAGGAGUCAGAGAGCUAGUUCAGCAGCAGAUGACGAUCUGAAACCAUUUAUUGAAAUCGGUAAGGAUGAUAGAGGGAUUCCUGAGGUUCUGCUCGUGAGUCCACGCGGUGCUCAAGUCCGGGUUAGUCUUCAUGGAGGACAGGUUCGUUCUUGGAGGAACGAAAAGGGCGAAGAACUUUUGUUUACUAGUAGUAAGGCAAUUUUCAAGCCACCAGCAGCAGUGAGGGGAGGAAUUCCGAUUUGUUUUCCACAGUUUGGAAACCGUGGUUCUCUGGAGCAACACGGUUUUGCCAGGAACAGGAUGUGGGUUGUUGAUGAGAAUCCUCCACCUAUACAGUCCUUUGAUUCCAGUUGCAGGACAUUCAUUGACUUGCUUCUUAAAUCAUCUGAUGAUGAUCUCAAGCAUUGGCCUCAUAGUUUCGAACUCCGUCUUAGGGUGCUUCUGACUUUUGAAGGACAUCUCAUUUUGAUAUCACGCGUCCGGAACGUUAACUGCAAGCCCUUUAGUUUCUCAUUUUCCUUCCACACGUAUUUCUCUGUCUCGGAUAUCAGUGAGGUAAGAGUAGAGGGAUUGGAGACUCUCGACUAUCUUGACAACCUGCGCAACAGACAACGUUUCACGGAGCAAGGAGAUGCUUUGACAUUUGAAUCUGAGGUGGAUCGCGCUUAUCUUUGUUCUUCAGAUGCAGUUGCAGUGUUCGAUCACGAGAAGAAGAGGACUUACGUGAUAAAAAAGGAAGGACUUCCAGAUGUUGUGGUUUGGAAUCCAUGGGAUAGAAGAGCUAAAGCCAUACCUGAUUUUGGGGACGGCGAGUACAGGCGUAUGCUUUGUGUUGAUGCAGCUUGUAUCGAGAAACAAAUUCCUCUGAAGCCAGGCGAGGAAUGGACUGGGCGAGUCGAGCUAUCUGCCAUCCCCUCGAUAAAAUGAUGAUAUACGAUAAGGCUAAAGGUUUACAAGUAAAGAAGCUGAAACUAAUAUGACUAACUUCACUCUGUUACAUCCAGAGGUGGCCUUAUUUCUGUGUCACCUCAACAAUAAUACUCAGUGGAUCAUAAAAAGCCAUUUUGCUGUAUUUUGUGAAAAUGGCUGUUACAUUUUGCUUCCAUGA